CGCAAGCGACAGCAGCAGUGAACGAAACGAUUUGACAUUUGGUUAACGAGUACUGGAUUUACAAUGAACUACGACAGACCUUACCGCGGUGGAGGCGGUCGACGAAGAUAUAGAGACAGAGAGGAUUAUGACACCCAUGACCGCCGUCGAGAGUACGAAUCACCCGAACAGAUAUUGAAAAAUAGUAUCAUAAAGCUCGGCGAAGUUGACCCUAUCCAAGAGGUACCCAGACUGGCUAAACAGCUACACGAAGAUGCUACAUCCAUGUUACCGGCCAUUUCUGAGGGAAUUCGCAUCGCCGUCACCGAACAACCGUAUAAAAUACCGUAUUAUGCGGCGCUUCUUCGACUCCUACACGGCCCUAGUUCAUUAGGCACAGAUACCUCCGCUGGGCAACCCUCAGCACCUCUUGGAAAGCUAGUUCUGGAGGAUUUCUGGAAAGGUUUCCAGGGUUACCUUGACAAGCUCUCCUGGAGAGACGUACGGCUCUGCAUACACUUCUUUGCUCACUUGACCGUUGCACAAGUUAUUUCCACUGAGUCCAUGGCUGCCCUCCUGCAGUCUUUCGCUGCAGUUCUGGAUGAGUUUGGUGUAUCGUACGGGCGGGGAAAACAUGCCGCGCUUUGUGCUGCCGAGGGGUUAAUGAUUGCAGGUGCUGUAAUACAGAAGAGCCUGUCAUCCAAUACAGCGGAAAUCAUUGCUGCUAUCCACGGCUUCAACGAAUCUAUGGCAUCUUCCAAGAACUUAGUUCAACCACUGGCGUCCCUUACUUCCGGUUCUGCUACGGUUGAUUACGCAGACGAGCUCCUUGACAGCGUGAUUGCAGUAUUGAAGGCUCUAGAAGCAUCAGAGUUCGCUGAUCCUCCAGCAAGCUUCCCACAACCUUACCUUGAAUAUGAUGAUCUAGAUCCUGUUGCUUCUCCGCCCUUUGAGCUCCCUUCUAUCUUGGUGCCACCCGAAGUUAUCGAGCUAGAUGGACUUCCCUCCGACGGUGGUGAAGAUGCCCAGGUUAAAAGGGAUGAAUGGCCCGAAUAUUGGUUCCGUUUGUUCGACAAUAGUGUAACACCAGAUCCGAAUACGAUUUCUGGGUUCUUGAUCCGGUCAAACUUCCGGGAUAUGAUUGACAUUUUCGAGGUUAACCGAAAGGAAUGCGCCAGACUUCUUCUCGAGUACCCUAAGUGGUGCGUGCCAGGCACCUUCAAACCUCGGGCUGGUGGACCUCUUAUCGAGGACGAUCCAAGUGCAAACAACUGGCAACUGGAAAGUGCCGUAAUCGAGGCAUCCCUUGGUUUCCUGUUCCUUCUGCCUGAACCAGGCCAGAAACCUGUCUACUUCAUCGCACUAAUUACCGAACUUUGCAAGCUGUCACCUUCGACUGUAGGUCCAGCAGUAGGCAAAUCCAUACGUAAGCUCUACAGCUGCCUCGCCGAUGGAUUGGACGUGGAAGUUGCGCGGAGAUUUGUGGAGUGGUUUUCGGUGCACAUGAGCAACUUUGGCUUCCAAUGGGUGUGGAAGGAAUGGAUCCCGGACCUUGUGCUUCCGGAGAAUCACCCCAAGCGCACGUUCGUACGGCGUGCUGUGGAGUCGGAGAUGCGCCUAUCUUACCAUGAACGUAUUCUCAAAGCGCUUCCUGAAGCUAUGCAAGACGAUCCAAAUGUCAUCUCUAGUCAACAACCGGGACCUGACCCAGAAUAUGAAGAGCCCUUACAUCCCUACCACGAGGCUUAUCAAUCCAUCUUAAGCCUUCUGCGCGGUCGUUCACGGGCGGAUGAAGUCAUCGCCCAGGUCGACACUCUUAAGACGACCCUGGAUACAUCCCAUACUGACAUGCAUAUCGAUUCAAUCAUACGAUCGUUGGCCAUCCAAUCUCUUCUGUCCAUCGGAUCCCGCUCCUUUUCUCAUUUUCUGAACGCUAUUGAACGUUAUCUUCCCCUGUUGCGGGGGCUGGCUACGCCGACUGACUUUGAAGCCAAACGCGACAUCCUUGCUGCUACUGCAGCAUUUUGGAAGAGGAAUAAGCACAUGAUUGGGAUCGUGUUCGACAAGCUCAUGCAAUACCAGAUCGUAGACCCUACAGAUAUUGUAGCGUGGAUCUUCAAUAUGGUUUCCGGCCACGGUAUAACGGGUCCCGUGUAUGUCCAGGCUUUCGAGUGGGAGCUACUGAAGGGGGCGUUGGAUAAAGCGAAUGGGAGGGUAACAAUAGCCCGGAAAAAAGUAUUGGCGCUGAGGAAGGAGCAAGACGACAGUAUUGCUCGUGCCAAAGCGAGUGGUGGAGCGGAUGUUGGUAACAUGGAGGUUGACGGAGAAGUGAAGCCCCUUAAGCAAGACGAAUCUGCAACCGAGAACCCCCAAUUAACAAUUGCCCUCAAGGCAUUUACGAGCCUUACUCGUGAACAGAGGAGCGUUCUUGCAAAAACCCUGGAGGGCUUCGUUUCAUGCCUUUCUCCUGUCCCGGGCGACGCUUACCAGAACAUGCAUUCGAAAACUGUCAUUGACGAGCAUUCGUGGGAGAGGCGUGCAUCGUGGACUAACGACGAAUGGAUGACUUGGGAAACCUGGGGAUGGUACCGACACUUCUGCCGACUGUAUUCGCCGUAUCUCCGCAAUUACUCGACGACGCUGAGCACCGUGGCCUUUGCCAAGAUCGAGGGCUUCACCACCCCAACUGCUCAGUCGAUCAAGAAAACAUGGGACAUUGCAACCGGCCAAGAGGCAUAGUCAGUCACUUUUUUAUUCGUAUAUGCGUGUACGUUGCGCUACACUGUGUUGGUAAUGUAAGCGUACUUCCUCUCAUAAGU